UGCUGAUUCAUCGCGUUCUUAUUCGAUUGCGUCAACAUUCAUCGCGAUUGCAUCUCGUCCAUACAGAUGCAAGCCGAUGUCAAACUGAAGGGGGGAAUAUGAUGAAAGAAACAAGUUGCAUUGGUCCACGGUCUAUGUUUCCAUGACAAAUAUACGGCAUCAACAUGCGACAAACGUGUGCGGCGGAUAUAAAACUGUCUUGUUACAUUCGUGUACAUUUGCCCUGAAAGUUGAUAUGAAGUUCUGUAAACGAUAAUGUUGCAAUAAGUCGUAGAAGACUGCUAUUAUUUCCAGUGAUGACACAAUCAGUUGUUGUACAAGUUGGGCAGUGUGGUAACCAGGUGGGCUGCAGGUUUUGGGAUCUUGCUUUGCGGGAACAUUCCCAUGUCAAUAAAAAAGGAAUCUACGAUGAGGCUCUGAGCAGCUUCUUUCGGAAUGUUGACUCAAGGAGAAGCGUCGGGGGAUCUUGUGACAUCACUGGUGGGAGGAUCCAAUCCCUGAAGGCCAGGGCGGUGCUGGUGGACAUGGAGGAGGGUGUGGUGAAUGAGAUUCUUCAGGGCCCGCUGAGAGAAUUAUUUGAUAGCACUCAGCUCAUCACUGACGUGUCCGGCUCAGGCAACAACUGGGCAGUGGGCCACUGGACGUAUGGCUCAGCCUACAGGGAACAGAUUGUGGACCAGCUGAGGAGGGCAGCAGAGCAUUGUGACUGCCUGCAGUGCUUCUUUCUCAUUCACUCCAUGGGUGGAGGGACUGGAUCAGGCCUGGGCACCUGUGUGUUGAAACUUCUGGAGGAGGAGUUCCCCGAGGUAUGUCGUAUCGUCACCUCAGUCUACCCCUCAGCAGAGGACGACGUCGUCACUUCCCCCUACAACAGUGUCUUGGCCAUGCGGGAGCUCACCGAGCAUGCCGACUGUGUCCUCCCUGUGGAGAAUCAGUCACUGGUAGACAUAGUGAACAAGAUCAAGCACAUGUCCCACAGUGGGAAGCCAGGUUCUGUGAUCAAGAAGGACAGUGCCAUCAUCUCAGGCCAGGGAGGGGUCAGUGGAGCCGAGAAGCCUUUUGAUGCCAUGAACAACAUUGUAGCCAACCUGCUCCUCAAUAUCACCAGUUCAGCUCGUUUUGAGGGAUCACUCAACAUGGACCUGAAUGAGAUAGCCAUGAACCUAGUGCCCUUCCCUCGACUGCACUACCUGGUGCCCAGCCUCACCCCUCUUUACACCCUGGCUGAUGUCAACAUCCCCACCAGAAGGCUUGAUCAGAUGUUCACUGAUGCCUUCAGUAAAGACCACCAGCUGAUCCGGGCUGACCCCAAACACAGCCUGUACCUGGCCUGUGCCCUCAUGGUCCGUGGCAACGUGCAAGUGUCGGACCUCCGCAGGAACAUAGAGAGACUGAAGCCCAUGCUGCCUUUUGUGUCAUGGAAUCAGGAGGGAUGGAAGACAGGCCUGUGUUCUGUGCCCCCUGUGGGUCACUCCCACUCACUACUAGCCCUGGCCAACAAUACCUGUGUCAAACUCACCUUCAUGGAGCUCCGAGACCGCUUCACCAAGCUCUACAGGAAGAAGGCUCACAUGCAUCACUACCUGCAUGUGGACGGGAUGGAGCAGGGCUGCUUCACGGAGGCUAUCUCCUCCCUCUCCUCUCUGAUAGAAGAGUACAGUCAGCUGGAUGCCACCAAGGACAGACUUAUGCCUGACGCUGCCAGGCUCAACAUCGCCACAUGAAGGUCCUCUGUCUGUGUGUUCGCACUAGCAGACUACACAUAGUGGAGCGUGUUUGUGUGGUGCGUGCAAAGCACUUUUGUGUUUUAUUAGCAGAAAAUAGUACUGUAAUUUGAUAACUUGGUUUAUUUAUUUUUAUAAGUUACAAAGGAUUUCUUACCUGUGUCUAAAUGAUAUUCCUUAUCCGUUAAAAAUAAAUUACAAUUAAUAACUGAGUUAUGAAUAUGUAUGCCUUGAAAAGGGUCAACAACACAGGGGAAAAUACAAAAAAAAUAAUAACAAUUAAUUUUAUUGAUUCUGAAUCUAAAUUUCUAGUGAAUCAGAGUGGACAUGAGAUUGUAUGAGGUAUUGUGGUGCAAACUUGGUUGAGAAUUAACUUGUAGGAAGAUGUAUUGUGAUUCAGCUGGUACAACAGUGUUUUAUGUUGAUAAGGGGUAUAAUCAGUGGAUCGCUACAAAGAUUCAUUAAGAUUGACCCAGAACAUGUUUGCUCUAUCUAUCUAUCCCUGUUGCCACUAAUGGCCUCACUCACAGCCUUUUUGUAUAAUGAGGUACUGUAAAAACCAUAGAAUUGAGGUCUAACCCCACAUUGUGAUCACUUACAUUACAUUUCCUUUCAUGUUAAUUGUCAAGCAAUAUACCCAGAACAAGUUGUUUCUCUCCAGUUUUCAUGAGUUGAGGUUCCACGUUUUAAACUUUCCAUACCAGCCCAUUGGCACAUCGCCAGAAAACACAGGCACUGUUUAGUAGCACUUCAUGGCCAGGCCGAACUCUGACCAGCUCAGCCCUGUACACACAAAUACCAUGACUCGGGCAGUACGGAGCCAGAGGCAGAUUAGGCCAGGCCUGUGUUAGUCUGUGGGCAUGGACAUGGCUCUGAGGUUGAUUAUAAAUGCUGGAGAAGGUGCUAGAGGAAGCGUAGCUCUGCGAACAUGUCCCCAGGGUCAUUACACUUCCUCUGGCAAACGCAGGACGUUAUCCACUGCAUUUUCCAGCGCACGUUGGAGCCGCCCUUGCACUUGAAGUUGACGGUCACCAUUUUGGAUUUGUUGGGGACGCAACAGCGCUUGUCAGUGCAGAUGCCACAGUAAGUGGGUUUGAAACUCUUGGUGCUAGUGCACCCAGACAGGGUCAGCUUCUCUGCUUUCUUAGCCUGGAACUUGGGCUUACAUGUCUUUCCUCUCAGCAUCUAGAGGGAAAAGGGACAUAGUUAAAUCUUCUCUUGUCAUAUGAUAGAUUGAUAGAAACCCUAUCAUACUUCUUCUGCUCUCCUUUUGUGAACAUACAGUGCCUUCAGAAAGAAUUGACACUCCUCGACUUUUUCCACAUUUUGUUGUGCUACAAAGUGAAAUUAAAAUUGAUUUGUUAAAGAUCUACACAAAAUACAAUAUCAAAAUUGAUAUAAACUCAUUGUAAAGGGUUUAAACACUGUUUUCCAUGCUUGUUCAAUGAGCCAUAAACAAUUAAUGAACAUGCACCUGUGGAACGGUCGUUAAGACACUAACAGCUUACAGACGGUAGGCAAUUACGGUCACAGUUAUGAAAACUUAGGACACUAAAGAGGCCUUGUUACUGACUCUGGAAAAACACCUAAAGAAAGAUUCCCAGGGUCCCUGCUCAUCUGUGUGAACGUGCCUUAGGCAUGCUGCAAGGAGGCAUGGGGACUGCAGAUGUGGCCAGGGCAAUAAGUUGCCAUGUCCGUACUGUGAGAUGCCUAAGACAGCGCUACAGGACGGACAGCUGAUUGCCCUCGCAGUGGCAGACCACGUGUAACAACACCUGCACAGGAUCGGUACAUCCGAACAUCACACCUGCGGACAGGUACAGGAUGGCAACAAUUGCCCGAGUUACACCACGAAUGCACAAUCCCUCCAUCAGUGCUCAGACUGUCCGCAAUAGGCUGAGAGAGGCUGGACUGAGGGCUUGUAGGCCUGUUGGAAGGCAGGUCCUCACCAGACAUCAUCGGCAACAACGUCGCCUAUGGGCACAAACCCACCGUUGCUGGACCAGACAUGACUGGCAAAAAGUGCUCUUCACUGACGAGUCUGGGUUUUGUCUCACCAGAGGUGAUGGUCGGAUUUGCGUUAUCGUCGAAGGAAUGAGCAUUACACAGGCCUGUGCUCUGGAGCGAGAUCGAUUUGGAGGUGGAGGGUCCGUCAUGGUCUGGGGCGGUGUGUCACAGCAUCAUCGGACUGAGCUUGUUGUCAUUGCAGGCAAUCUCAACGCUGUGCGUUACAAGGAAGACAUCAUCCUCAUGUUAUACCCUUCCUGCAGGCUCAUCCUGACAUGACCCUCCAGCAUGAUUUCCUGCAAGACAGGAAUGUCAGUGUUCUGCCAUGGCCAGUGAAGAUCCCGGAUCUCAAUCCCAUUGAGCACGUCUGGGACCUGUUGGAUCGAAGGGUGUCGGCUAGGGCCAUUCCCCCCAGAAAUGUCCGGGAACUUGCAGGUGCCUUGGUGGAAGAGUGGGGUAACAUCUCACAGCAAGAACUGGCAAAUCUGGUGCAGUCCAUGAGGAGGAGAUGCACUGCAGUACCUAAUGCAGCUGGUGGCCACACCUGAUACUGACUGUUACUUUUGAUUUUGACCCCCCUUUGUUCAGGGACACAUUCCAUUUCUGUUAAUCACAUGUCUGUGGAGCUUGUUCAGUUUGUCUCAGUUGUUGAACCUUGUUAUGUUCAUACAAAUAUUUACACAUGUUAAGUUUGCUGAAAAUAAAUGCAGUUGACAGUGAGAGGACAUUUCUUUUUUUUGCUGAGUUUAUAUACAGUACCAGUCAAAUGUUUGGACACAAAUUAACUUUUAACAAGGCACACCUGUUAAUUGAAAUGCAUUCCAAGUGAUUACCUCAUGAAGCUGGUUGAGAGAAUGCCAAGAGUGUGCAAAGCUGUCAUCAAGACAAAGGGUGGCUACUUUGAGGAAUUUCAAAUGUAAAAUAUAUUUUGAUUUGUGGAACAUGAUUCCAUAUGUUAUUUCAUAGUUGAUGUCUUUACUAUUAUUCUACAAUGUAGAAUAGUACAAAUAAAGAAAAACCCUUGAAUGAGUAGGUGUGUUUAAACUUUUGACUGGUAAUAAAUAUAUAUAUCUUGAUUAGAUAAGUAUUCAACCCCCUGAGUCAAUACAUGUUAGAAUCACCUUUGGCAGUGAUUACAGCUGUGAGGCUCUAAAAGAUGUACACACCUGGAUUGUACAAUAUUUGCACAUGAUUUUUUUUAAUUUCUUCAAGCUCUGUCAAGGUGGUUGUUGAUCAUUGCUAGACAGCCAUUUAAGUCUUGCCGUAGAUUUUCAAGAAAAUUUAAGUCAAACUGUAUCAUGUCAUCUUGAUAAGCAACUCCAGUGUACACCCCCCACCCCCAACUCCAGUGUACAUCGUCUUUGCCGAUGACAAACGUACCCAUAACAACAGCCACCACCAUUCUAGAAAAUAUGAAGAGUGGUACUUGGUGAUGGUGAUGUGUUGUAUUGGACUUGCCCCAAACAUAAUGGUUUGUAUUAAGGACAUAAAGUUAGUUUCUUUGCCACAUUUUUUUCUGUAUUUCAUGCCGUAUUACAAACAGGAUGAACGUUUUGGAAUGUUUUUUUAUUCUGUACAGGCUUCUUUCUUUUCCCUCUGUCAUUUAGAGAGUAGCUACAAUGUUGUUGAUCCAUCCUCAGUUUUCUCCUAUCACAGCCAUUAAACUCUAACUGUUUUAAAGUCAC